CAUACUGCUGCAGGGAGUCAAGAAAAAAACAAUCUUCACCGCAAAUAUGGGUACACGCAAUCCCGUCUCCUUUCCCUAUUCUACUCCUGUGCCACCUUGAGACGGUUGCUCAAGUACUUUCUUUCUUUUCUUUUUUUUUUCCUCCCCUCACUGUUUAAUUUCGGAGGAGUGCAUUGGAAAAAAAAAAAAACUAUAGAAAAGGGAAAAGGAAAAGGAAAAUAAUAACAAUGGCGCCCCCCUCGUCGUCUUCAACCACGACCAGCGCCCCCGAGGCACCUAGGCUGCAGAAGACAAUCCGCCUCAACGGUAAAGGCGGGGAGAAAGUUCAAGAUGGAUCCCCGGACCUACAGCGAGACCCGAUCGAGGUCAAAUAUCGUGACUUCUUUUGGACCUAUACCGAAGAGCCCCAUCGGACGAGACGUCUGGCCAUUAUCAAGGCGCAUCCCGAAGUGACCAAGCUCUGCGGCCCCGAGCCCCUCACUAUCUACGUCGUCCUCGGCGUCGUCGCCCUACAAGUCUUCUGUGCCUACGCCCUCCGAAAUACUUCCUUCUUCUCGCUUCCCUACUGGCUUCUAGCCUACGUCGUCGGCGCCACCGCCAACCAGAACUUGUUCAUGGCCAUCCACGAGAUUAGCCACAACUUGGCUUUCCGCUCGCCCACCGCCAACCGGCUCUUCGCUAUCAUAGCCAACCUACCUAUCGGUAUCCCCUACAGCGCCUCUUUCCGCCCUUACCACUUAACGCACCACAAGUCCCUAGGCGUCGACGGCUUAGACACCGAUCUUCCCACCGCCCUCGAGGCCAUCUUCCUCGACUCCAUCCUCGGCAAGGCAUUCUUCUGCACCUUCCAGAUUUUCUUCUACGCCGUCCGCCCUAUGUGCGUGUACAGUGUACCCUUCACCUGGGUCUCCGCCACCAACGUAGCCGUGCAGGUUGCCUUCGACGUCGUGAUCCUCAAGACCCUCGGCAUCAACUCCAUGAUGUACUUCCUGCUAUCGUCCUUCCUGGCCGGUAGUCUGCACCCCUUGGCGGGCCACUUCAUCGCCGAGCACUACGUCUACGAGACCGUAACCCCGUCCCAGAGGAACCCAGAGAACCGGGUCCCCGUCCCGGAGACGUACUCGUACUACGGCCCCCUCAACUUCCUCGUGUACAACGUCGGCUUCCACAACGAGCACCACGAUUUCCCCGCCAUUCCCUGGUCCAGACUUCCCGAGCUCAACCGUAUUGCUAGCGACUUCUACACGGAGCUCCCGCACCACCGCAGCUGGACCUACGUUCUCUGGCGUUUCAUCUUCGACGAGAGCGUCGGUAUUCGGUGCAGAGUGAAGCGCAAGGAGGGUGGACGGCUCGUGGGCCAGAAGACUGAUUGGAAGAAGAACGAGCUCGAGGCUUAGAUGGUUGGACAUGUGUACAUGAGUUAUGGAUAAUAGCAGUGGUAUGAUAUACCCGCUUAAUUUACCUGGCGGGAAUCGUGUAUAUUUAAUGCUUAGGCUGUAUGUCUGGUGUAUGGAUUCGGCGUUGGGUUGAUGCGGUCAGAACCGGGUUAGACUCUUCAAUACGAUGCUUAAUUACCUUGAAACAAUCUGACUCCUAGUCCCUUGAGGACUUUACUCCGUCACAGUGAAAGAGAUAG